GCUGUGUGCGGCGGUUCUGGUGUGCUGUCGGUGAUUUUCUGGAUGGGCUGCUCCCUCUCAGCGGAGGCUCCGGACCGGCGGCCGGAGCAGGAGCAGGAGGAGCAGGAGGAGGAAGAGGAUGCGGUGCCGGUGAGUCUGAGCGCGGAGAACCGGGAGGCGAUCAAGAGCAGCUGGAAGGAGAUCCAGGAGGACAUCAGCAGGGUGGGCGUCAUCAUGUUCGUCAGGCUGUUUGAGACUCACCCGGAGUGCAAAGAUGCCUUCUUCACCUUCAGAGACCUGAAUGAUGUGAACGCCCUGAGGGCGAGCAAAGAGCUGAAAGCCCACGGCCUCAGGAUCAUGUACAUCAUCGAGAAGACGGUCGCCAGGAUCGACCAGGACGACCGUCUGGACCAGCUGAUCCUGGAUCUGGGCAGGAAGCAUUACCAGUACAAAGCCCUGCCAAAAUACUAUGAUCUCAUAGGGGAAGAGUUCAUCCACGCAAUCCAUCCGGUCCUGCAGGAGCGCUGGACUUCAGACCUGGAGGAGGCUUGGAAGACUCUGUUCCUGUACAUCACUCGCACCAUGAAGAAAGGCUACCAGCAGGCCCAGAGGAGCCACAGCAGCAGCUGAGAGCAGCUCGUCCCGUCACGUGACUUCAGCAGCUCAGCACGGAGUCUUUAAAUGAGAAGUUGUGUAGUGAAAAUGUUGUUUUCAGC